AUGCAUAAACCGAUAGAGGAGAAAAGUAUAGUCAAUAAUAGAGAAUUUUUAGAUAUUAAUGAAGAAAAAGAAUCCAAUGGAAUAGAAGAUUUAGUUUUAAUUGUUGAUCAUAAUAAAGCCGAUGAAAGCAGUAUUAUUAACUGCAAGAAAAAAGAUGACAGCCAAGAUAAACUUCCUCCAUGGAAAAGAGAACCAAUUCUUCUUGAUAAUAGUAUUUUAAAAAGAGCCAAAAAUUUUCUUUCUUUGUGUGAAACUGUUGGAAAUGAAACUGUAACUCAAAAUUACAAUGAAGAUAAGCAGGUGAUAAUGAAUGUGCAUAUGGGAGUAUUUGAUGUUAAUGGAAAGCUUCCAGAAAAUAGUUCUCUUUCAAAUAAAGAUAUUCUGGAAGUACCUGAUUUAGAUUUUGGAAAUAUUCAAAAUAACGAGUUUUGCCAAAUUGAACAAGAAGAUGAUAACGAAAGUGACUAUUAUGAGGAUGACAUCACUGAGUUAUCAUUCAAUUAUGAUCCUAAUUCAAAUAAUUCAUUAGACGAACAAAAAGCCAUUCAUAAUAUGUUAACAAGAAAAAAAUCAGGAAAUAAGAGUUGUAAAAAUAACAAAAAUCUAGUGCAAGUCAUUUCAUCACAGGAUAAUGAUGAAGGAUAA